GUUAAUGAGGGGAUAAAAGGGACUUCAAGAAGUUCAGGUCUAAGUGAAACUCAACCAAAUGCAAGGAAGGCAGCACAAACCUCCACUUCACAACCAAACACCUCAAGAAGUGAAGAUGGACUGGAAGAUGAAGUUAUGGAUUAUGAGGCUUCUGACUCUUCAGGGGAUGUGGGAGAUGAAGAUGGUGAGGACUUAGAGGUCCCACUUUUUGGAUUAGAUCAAGAUACAAGUGAUGAGAAAUUAGAGUGUCAAGAAUAAGAGUGAAUGGCUGGAACUCCAAGAUUAUGCAGAUAGCCAAACAACUGCAAAAAGAAGCAGGUCAAGGAAAGUUAGGUGAUUCACCCCCCCAUACACAGUACAGGAGGAAGAAGAUGCACCUCACACCCAAUGUGUGAGGAAGAAGAUGCACCUCACACCCAAUGUGUGAGUGACUAUGAAGAAUCAGGUGAUGAUAUUCACACACCUCCUGGGAGUGAUGGAGAUGACAAUCUAUCAAUAACAAAGAAAGAUAAAAUUCCUUUGGUGGAAGCAAAUAUUGACUUCAAGUUGCUGAAAUGGAAGGUUGGAAUUUGAUUUGAAAAUAGGGAGAAGUUUAAAGAUGUUGUGGCCAGAUUUGCCAUUGCCCAAGGAAGAAAUUUCAAGAUCAAUGUAAGCCACAAAGACCGACAAUAAAGAAUAGGUGCAAGAUGUGUAGAAGGCUGUCCAUUUAGACUGUAUGCUAGUUGGGACAGUAGAUUAGCAUGCUUUGUUGUUAAAAGUGUAAUGGGAGAGCACACUUGCAACAGAAACAUGAAAAAGAAUAGACAAUUUAAGGCUCCCUGGGUAGCACUACAAUUUUUGGAAGUUUUCAAGUCUAGAUCUCACUGGCCUACAAAUCAUGGAAACCAUUAGGAGAGCUUACAAAGUGCUAGUGAAGAGAGACUUUGUGUAUAAGGUCAAGUAUCAUACCCAUAGAAAACUUCAUGGAAGUAUGACUGAACACUACAACAAACUUGGAAGGUACUUGGAAGCUCUUAGUCAAGCUAACCCCCACAACUACUUCAAGCUCUUCACAGACCCAAUAAUAAAGAGCUUCCCUCCUACAUUUCAGAGAUUCUUUGUGUGUUUCAAAGGGGUUAAAGAUGGAUGUUUCAUCAAAACAUUUUUAGGUGGGAUGUUAUUGUCUGCCAUUGGGAGAGACUCCAAUGAUCAAAUGUUUCCAGUACCCUGGGCAAUAGUGGAAGGGGAAAACAAUUCAAGUUGGGAAUGGUUCUUAGGUGAACUAAAAAAACUUAGAGUGUUGUUGAUGCUGACCUCACAUUCAUUUCAGAUGAACACCAGGCAGUCCAUUUUGAGGGGAGUGGCUAAAGAAUUCCCUUUAGCUGAGCAUAGGCAUUGUGACAGACAUGUAUUUUCACACUAGCAUAAAAAUCACAAGGGUGAUGAAAUGAAAAUGCUAUUCUGGAAAGUUGCAAAGGCAUACAAUGAAGUUGAUUUGGAGGAAGCUUUAGAAGAAAUGAAAAAUAUUACUCCGGCUGCAGUGAGUUCUUUUAGAUCACACAACCCAACUUGUUUUUGUAGAGCCUUUGUUAGGACAACCAGUAAAUGUGAUGUCAAUGUUAGUAAUAUGGCUGAAACACUUAAUGGUUACAUAAUACAUGCUAGAGCAAAGCACACUAUUUUCAUGCUUGAAGACAUAAGAGGUGCAUUAAUGCAAAGGCUAGUUGUGAAAAGGCAGCAGGUGGAAAAAACAAGUGGUAUGUUGUGUCCUAAAAUUAAGGCUAGGCUUGAGAAAGAAAAAGAUGAGGCUGCCAAUUGUACCCCUUUGCCAUCUAGUCAGAUUUUGUUCCAAGUGUGCCACAGACUAGACAGUUUAAUAGUUAAUUUAGAAGCUAGAACUUGCACUUGUAGGAAGUGUGACUUGAGUGGAAUACUAUGUUGUCAUGCCAUUUCAUGCAUUUUCUUCAUGAAUGACACACCUAAGAAUUAUGUGCAUACCUGCUACAUGUACUCAGGGGGUAUUGCACCCCUUACUGGAGACAGAAAUUGGCCUAAGGUUGAUAUGCCUUUAGACCCCCCACCUAUGAAGAUUGGUCCAGGUAGACCUAGGAAAAAUAGAAUGAAGUCACCCCAUGAAAACCCUAAGAAGCCUGGAAAGUUAGCAAAGCAUGAUGUUGAGAUGGCAUGUAGUGUGUGCAAGUCAAAAGAUCAUAACAAGAGAAAAUGCCCGGAUAAAAACAAGGCAGUUCAAGCUCAAGAAAAAAGAAACAUGUGCAGACCAAAGAAAGCUAUUCAGACUGAAGAACAAAAACAAAGCAAUGAUUAAUCUAAUGCAGAGCCUUCAAGAAUAGGGAGGGGAGGAAGACUUAUUCAAGCAAGAGGAAGUAACACAGGGGGUAGAGGCAGAGCACCUGGGGACAGAAGAGGGAAAGCUAAAGCAGUAAGAGGAAGAGGUAGGGGUCAGAUUCCUGUUGGAUUUGAUUCCUUAUUGAUGGAGAAGGAAACACUUGGACCAAUCCUCCAGAGAACCAAGGUGGUCCAAGUAAUUUAUCAGAUCCUUCAGUUGGUUCUUCAUUUGCUUAGCUUGCAGUCCAAAGUUGCAGUCCAAUGAGCUGAUUUUUAGUUAAAGACUAUGUGUAUUUUGAAGCUCUGUAUUUGGAAGAUUUUAAGUUUCAGACUUUUAGUUGUAGUCAAUACACCUCUGUAUUGACUGAAGUUUGUGUGUUUCUUAGUUUAAUUUGUUAAAUGACUUGAAGACUUGGUACUAUUUGGAGCAUUUCUUUUACUGUUGGUUA